AUUUCAACCGAUUUUUAUGGUGUUAAAAGCUAUGGUUAAAAGUGAUCAAUAAAUGUUAAUUUGAUUAUAAAGACAGAAAUAUAAUUUGUUAUUAAAAGAAGUAAUUGCAGACCCAUCACGACAUAGUAAACAAAGACUAGCAAAAACUCGAAAUAAAAUUCACAUUAAAAUUCAACACAGCUAGCAAUUUGUAUCGCUGUAUGAUAAAGAGUCUUAUAAAUAGAAGAAGAUUUACAUAAUAAUGCUAUGAGGUAGGUACACAGUUUUCCGCCAUUUUGGCAUGUAUAAAUACCUAAUUACACAUCUCGAUGUGAUGCGUUUUUCCGGCAUUAUUCAUCUAUACAUAAUCUACACAUCUAACUACAUAUUAUUUAGGGUAUCUACUAGAUGCCCUAAAUAACUAGUUUAGACAAAUUUUGCAAACUAAUCUUUAUAGGUUUUAUCACUGCUAAAUGUUGGCCAGGGUCACGCUUCAAGAAGAUUGUAGAUUUUGGCAAAAUAAAUGUUAGUUCAUUUCUGUGAUAUAUACCUACUUGGCAACACGUUGGCCAUGAAGUAGAACUAAUGGACUGUAUUGUAAAUAAAUACCGGUUAUGUAAUACCGUUCUAAAUAACAACAGUGUUAACGCACUUAUGGUUUAUUUAUUAUUUUCACGUUCAUCUCUGAGACGGAGACCUGUUUGAUUGGGUUUAAGUUUAACUCAUUCAACUAGAAAAAGGAUUAGGUAUUAUUUAGCAUCGGAGUGUUAAGUUUUUAUCUUAUUUGUGCAGAUUUAGCAACAUUGUUGCAUGUUUGUAUGAAUGUCAGUGCUAUUAGUUUACCUGUGUCGGUGGGAUUAUUAAUUUAUUAAUAAUGUUGUGGACGAUAACGAUAUACGCGAAGCAAAUCCUCAUUGCGCUUGUCGCAUGUUUGGGCCAGAUCAUGUUCGGGUACGCAGCAGGCUGGCCAUCACCAGUCAUCUCCAAGCUAAAUGACCCUGAGCAGUUCCCCCAAACACCGAGUCUAUCACAGACGAACUGGAUCGUUUCUAUACUUUUAAUUGGGAGCUUUGUAGGCACAGUAAUAUCUGGCCCUCUGUCCAAUGUGGUGGGUCGGAAGCCGUGCCUCAUCAUGGGAGCGGCGACGGGAAUGGUAUCGUUCCUCUUACUAGCGCUGAUCAAGAAUCCAGGGGCUGUGAUCGCCUUUAGGUUCAUAUUGGGCGCUGGCAUCAGUGUGGUGUUCGGAAUCAACUUGGUGUAUAUUGGGGAGAUUGCGGCAACAGAAGUCCGGGGCAUGCUGCUAGGAUGCACAGGGAUUUUCAACAGUCUAGGUUUCUUAUUAGUCUACUCUGUGGGCACCUAUGUGUCUUACGAGAUGGUUAACUACAUAGGAAUGAUCGUGGGAGCUGUUUUUAUAUGCGGUAUAUUUUUUAUGCCAGAGACACCUAUUUUCCAUAUUAUAAAGGACAGGGAAGAAGAUGCCAGAUCAACAUUCCUGGCUCUAAACAGGAAAGAAGAUGCGGAGAAAAUAUCAGAAAUGAAAAUGGAAUUAGAAGAGAACAGAAAGUCGAACCCAUGGAAGACGCUGCUCCAAGUGAAGUGCAACAGAAAGGCGCUUAUCUUAACGUCUUUUCUGUACCUUUUGCAGCAGACGGCUGGUGUCAGCGCCAUGUUGACUUACACUACGUUGAUUUUCGAAAUUGCAGGGUCGUCAAUCACUCCGUACAUAGCCACGAUCAUCGUGGGGGCAGUCAACGUGUUGUCAGGGUGCAUAACGCCUUUGUUUGUAGAGAGGUUUGGAAGGCGACCGCUGCUGCUCACCUCUACGUUUGUAUGCGGGCUGGCCUUGAUGAUCCUGUCAGUAUACAUAUACCUGUAUAACAUUGGAAACCCAGUGGCCCUCGACAUCAGAUGGCUGCCGUUACCAGUUUUUAUCAUAUACUGCAUAUCAAAUAGCUUUGGGUUCCUAGUGCUUCCAGGAGCUUUAGUAGGAGAGAUGUUCCAGCUCAACGUUCGUGGAGUAGGAUCGUCUAUAGCCGUUUGCGUCUGCUGGCUCGCAGGGUUCAGCACAGUCACUGCCUUCGCCUACAUCAUAGCUGGAACAGGCACCCAUGUAGCCUUUGCCAUCUUCAGCGCAUCUUGCGGCAUAGCGUUCCUCUUCACGCUAAUCUGCAUACCAGAAACCAAAGGGAAGAGCCUUAUUGAAGUCCAGAAAAUGCUAAGUUAGGUUUAGAUUGUAAGGGAAUUUAUGAAAUUAUUUGUUUUUACUGUGAUGUGUAAAUAAAGGGAAUAACCACUUUUUUACUUGU